AUGUCUCUCCCAUCGUCUUACAAGGUCGCUGUUGCCGAGACUCCCGGCUCACCGUUGGCUCUCAAGGACAUCCCAAUGCCCACGGUUGGGGACAAACAAGUUCUUGUCAAGGUCCUCGCUUGCGGCGUCUGCCACACUGAUGCUGUAGUCGCGGCCGGCUACUUCGGCAACUCCUUCCCGCGGGUGCCUGGCCACGAGAUCAUCGGAGAUGUCGUGCAAGUUGGCAGCGCUGUUAAGGAAGUGAAGCCUGGAGAUCGUGUUGGUGGCUCUUGGCACGGAGGUCAUGACGGCACCUGUCGUGAGUGUUCUCGCGGUCUUGUGCAGAUGUGCCAGAACGAAGAGGCGCAUGGCGUCACACUGGACGGCGGCUUUGGCGAAUACGUCUUGGUGCGCUCCCAAGCUAUCGUUAGAGUGCCUGCUGAUAUGGACCCCGCCGAAGCUGCUCCUUUGAUGUGCGCCGGUCUCACAAGCUUCAAUGGUAUUCGGAAGAUGGGCAUCGAGGCUGGGAGUCUCGUCGCUGUUCAAGGCCUCGGUGGCCUCGGACAUCUCGCAAUUCAGUAUGCAAACCGCAUGGGAUACAAAGUUGUGGCCUUGAGUUCCGGGAGCUCGAAGAAGGAAUUCGCUCAGGAGCUUGGCGCACAUCACUACGUCGACACCAGCGCCGAAGACCCAGUGAAGGCCUUGACAGCCCUUGGUGGUGCCGAUCUCAUCGUCGCAACUGCUCCGCACGCCAAAGCCAUCUCACCUUUGGUCAACGGUCUCCGAUCAUUGGGAAAGCUUCUCGUGCUUGCCCCAGUUGGAAACGUCGAGAUCGACACCACGGUUCUUUUACGCAAGGGUGCCUCCGUACUCAGCUGGCCCAGUGGCAAUAUCACUGACGCCGAGGAAACCCUCGAAUUCUCAAAGGUUCAUGGUGUAAAGUGCCUGGUCGAGAAAUUUCCUCUGGAGAAGGUCAAUGAAGCUAUGGGCCAUAUGUUGACGGGAUCUGUUAGGUUCCGUAGCGUCCUGGUUGUAGACUAA